UCAGAUUGGCCAUGUAUGGUUUAGCUGAAUUACAAGUUGAAGGAGAUGGAAAUUGCCAGUUUCGAGCAGUAGCAGAUCAGCUUUUCCACAAUCCUGAGUAUCAUAGGCAUGUGAGAAAGGCAGUUGUAAAGCAGGAAUGAAGCUCCUGUCCCUCCGUGGUGGUCGCUCCUCGUCGGCUUCUUCCCCGCGCCAGUCCGCUGCUUCCUCUCCGCGUUCCUCAGCCGACCCGUUGCCCGGUUCGGCGGGUGCCCCAUUAGAGAUCCCAGAGGGACGUCCGUCAAAGAAGGCAAAGACGACGGGUCCCGGGAAAGCCAAGGCGGGGACCACUCCUUCAACAAUCGUGGGCGCCAAGCGGACCACUCGAGACAAGGGGCCUUCCCGAGUUGAAGGGCCUAGCCAGGGGACGGCCGGGAAGAGGUCGAGCCUGCCCACGGUGGACGAUCUGUGCGGGCUACGCACGGGGGCCGACGAGCCCCUAUGGUCAACGGUGAUGGGCGAGCUUCCGCCGGGGGAGGCUUCCGACCCGCUGGUUGCCCGAUGGAAGGGGCUGUCCCGAGGGGACAAGGUAUGGGCCGGGGGAGAUCCCUCGGCUGCCUUUCUUCGAGGCGUGCUCCACCCCGACCUGGCUCGGGACCUAUACACCCUGCCUUCGGAGACCAUGCUUAACAAGGCGGGGAGGUUUCUAACACUGGGCCUCCACUAUUCGACGGCGCUAAUGGACCGAGUGCGCGACGCUGGCCAGGCAAUCUGGGACCUCAGCGAGCGCAACUCCGAGUUGUGCCGCCAGCUAGAGGAGGUUCGGGCUGGGUCGGGCCCCGAGGCGGUAGUGGUCGCGGAAAAACGCGCGACCGAUUCCGAGGAAGAGGUGGCGCGCCUAAGAGCAGAGCUCGAGCAGUCGGGCGAUUCAGUCAAGGAGCUCCAGGAGUUCCUCCGUUUGGAUCGGGCCGAGCUCCGCCUGUUGAAGUCGGAGGCGCUUGGUCUCACCAAGAGGGCGGAGAAGGCCGAGGCCGAAGCCCGCGCUGCCUCCGAUGCGCUGGCCGAGGAGGUUCGCCUCCGUCCGUCGAAGGACAAGGAGGCGAUUGAAGCCUACAAGAGGUCCGAGAACUUCGAGCUCGGGCUGACCCGAAUGGGACGAGUAUCCUACGAGUAUGGAUACAAAAUCGCCCUGGGUCGCUUCUGCUCAUGUCCUCCUGGUUCCGAGGUGGAAAAGGACCCGUUCGCCUCUCACCCCGUGGAUCUGGAGGUGGACAUGCCGGAGGACGUGCCAUUCGACGAUCGCCCGAAGACUCCAGGAGAGUAGUGAGGGUCGUUUUUGUAUGUCGGGGUCGAGGGUGCGAGGGGUUUCUGUAUGGGUUUUGGCUUCUGUAUCCCCUCCUUUUUAAUAAAAUGAUCUUCUUUUUUGUUUCUGUGUUUGCGUAGUGCCUACAUCUUCAGACGAAGUAUUUCCUAAGGUUCUGUAUGUUCCAAGUCCGGGGCACGGGGUCGCCAUCCAUUGUUGCGAGUCGGAACGUCCCCGGUCGGGAUACUCCGAUGACCCGAUAGGGUCCUUCCCACUUCGGGGUCAGCUUCCCCCUUGCUUGGGUUGGGCGGCUGACCUCGAUUUUGCGCAGGACCAGGUCCUCUAAUUUUAUUGAUCGGGGUCGUACUCUCCGGUUGUAGACCCUCGCUACGGCUCUUUUGUAAGAAAGAGCUUUUUGGUGUGCGUUGGCCCGUCUUUCCUCGAAUAGGUCCAGGUUGGAUCGGAGCCCUUCUCCCGAGGCCUCUUCGCUGUAGUCUGCCGUCCGCGGAGUCGGGAUGGCUACUUCGGAUGGCAAUACGGCCUCGGUCCCGAACGUGAGGCUGUAGGGAGACUCCCCGGUCGGGGUCUUGGGGGUAGUGCGCAUCGCCCAUAGGACGCUCGGGAGCUCGUCGAUCCACGUCGAUCGGGCAGCGGAUACCCUUCUCUUGAGGCCGUCGACGAUGGACCGGUUGGUUACCUCAGCUAGCCCAUUCGCCUGGGGGUAAGCCACCGAGCUGAACCUCAGCUGAAUUUUGUGCUUGGCGCAAAACUCUUGGAAUCUCCUGUCGGCGAAUUGAGGUCCAUUGUCGGUGAUGAUGGACUGGGGCAGGCCGAACCGAGUUAUGAGGUUUCUCCACACGAACCUUUCCACUUGUGACUCCGUAAUGGUCGCUAGAGGCUCGGCUUCGACCCACCUGGUAAAGUAGUCCACUCCCACGAUGAUGUACUUUCGCUGGCCGGAGGCGGGUGGGAGAGGCCCGAGUAUGUCCAGUCCCCAUUGCGCGAAUGGCCAGGCACAGUCGAUAGGGGUGAACAGGACCGCCGGCCGUCGGGCGGUGCGGGCGUGCUCCUGGCACGAGCUGCACCGCCGCACGAAAGCUUUCGCGUCCUGGCGCAUGGUCGGCCAGUAGUACCCCUGUCGGAGUAUCUUGUGCGCCAGGGCUCGUUUGCCUAUGUGUUCCCCGCAGGUCCCUUCAUGCAUGUCGGACAGAAUGGUCCGAGCUUCGUUCGGCUCUAGGCAGCGUAACAAGGGGCGCGAGAAGGACCGCUUGUACAGCCGUCCUUCCUCUUCGAUGUACCAUGCCUGCGUCCGACGCAAGCGUCGAGCCGUGGUUUCAUUGUCGGGUAGGGCCCCAUCCCGCUUGAAGCGUAGCAUCUCCUGUACCCAAGUGGCCGGCACGCCGCCCGUGACCGUGGCGACGACCUCUAUGGCUCGGUGGGGGAGCACUUCGGUCUCGGGUUGAGCCCAGGGGGCCGAGCCGGACGCCCAUUUUGCCAGGGUGUCGGCUCGCUGGUUCUCGCUCCUGGGAACAUUCGACAACUCAAAAUGGGCAAACUUGGUGGCAAGGCUUUUUACCUGUGCCAGAUAUUUCGCCAUAGUCGGGUCCCGGGCUUCGUAUCCGCCGUCGAGCUGCCUAGCCACCAGCUGUGAGUCGGUGAUGACGCGUAUGUCGGUCACCCGCAUUUCCAGUGCCAACUGGAGCCCCGCCAGGAGAGCCUCGUAUUCUGCCUCGUUGUUGGUGGCCCUGAACCCGAAGCGGAAGGAGCGCUCGAUCGAGCGGCCGUCAGGUGUCACUAGCACCAGCCCUGCACCGGCGCCUUUUGCGUUGGCCGACCCGUCUACGUGGAGGGUCCACGUCUCACACGGUGGCUCGAGUUCCUCGCCUGCGCUCGGGGUCAGCUCUGCAAUGAAGUCUGCCACGGCCUGGGCUUUGAUGGCGAUUCGUGGUAUAUACUGUAUGUCGUGCUCGCCGAGCUCCACUGCCCAUUUGAGGAGACGCCCUGCAACGUCGAAUUUAGACAGAACAAGCCGGAGCGGCUGGUUAGUUAUUACCUCCAUCGGGUGGGCCUGGAAAUAAGGGCGGAGCUUUCGCGCCGACAGAACGAGCGCCAGCGCCAGCUUUUCGAUUGGCGGGUAGCGUUCUUCUGGCCCGCUCAGCAUGUGGUUGACAUAGUAGACCGGCAGUUGGUCGCCGGAGUUUUCUUUGACCAGAACCGAACUGACCGCGUGCUGGGAGGCGGCGAGGUAGAGACUCAAUUUCUCCCCAGGGGAGACUGAAGCGAGUCGGGGGAGGUUGGCCAGGUGUUGCUUCAUCCGCUCGAAGGCCCUCUCGCAUUCCGUCGUCCAUCGGAAGUUCUUCGGAUCCUUCAGGGCCUGGAAGAAGGGGAGGCAGCGAUCUCCCGAUCGGGAAAGAAAACGUGAUAACGCGACUAGCCUCCCGUUAAGGCGCUGCAGGUCUCUGAUCGUCCGAGGAGGCUGCAUGUCAAUGAUGGCCUGUAUCUUUUCCGGGUUGGCGUCAAUCCCUCUCUCAUGUAUGAUGAAUCCGAGGAACUUUCCCGAGGUCACGCCGAAGGCGCACUUGGCGGGGUUGAGGCGCAGGCCGAACCUUCGCAGGGUGUCGAAUGUUUCAGCUAGGUUGGAAGGAUGGGCCUCCGCCGUUCGGCUCUUUACGAUCAUGUCGUCGACAUAUAUCUCCAUGUUUCGUCCAAUCUGGUGGGCGAAUAUCUUGUUCACCGUCCUCUGGUAGGUCGCCCCGGCGUUUUUCAACCCGAACGGCAUGACUUUGUAAAAAUAUAUCCCUUGCUCGGUGAGGAAGGCUGUGUUCUUGGUCUUCGGGUGCCAUCCUGAUCUGAUUGUACCCGGAGAAUGCGUCCAUAAACGAAAGACGGGCGUGGCCGGCCGUGGCGUCAACUAGCUGGUCGAUCUUCGGUAGGGGGUAGCAAUCUUUUGGGCAAGCAUUAUUGAGGCUGGUGUAGUCAAUGCACAUCCGCCAGCUUCCAUUAGGCUUUUUGACAAGAACUAUGUUGGAGAGCCACCGUGGGUACUUCGCCUCUUCUAUGAAACCGGCCGCCAGAAGUCGGUUUACCUCUUCUCGGAUGGCCAGUUGCCGAUCCGGGGCCUGCCGCCUGGGUCUCUGUUUUACCGGGCGGGCGUCGGACGAGAUGUUCAAGUGGUGCAGCGCGACUUCCGGGUGGACUCCGACUAGGUCAGUCGGCGUCCAAGCGAAGAUGUCGGCGUUGGCUCGCAGAAGGCCGACGAGCUGCUGUUGCUCUUGUUCGGGCAGUCCCGACCCGACUUUGACUGUUUGGUCGGGCCUUCCUUCGAUCAGUGGCAAGUUAAUGGUGGAUUCCUUCGGCUCGGGGCGGGGGGUCGGUUUUUUUCCUUCCCGGGGGUCUUCCAGCGGGGAUUGGAUCCUCGCUCUCUUGUUUAGUGACACAGCGGUCAAGUAGCAGCGCCUGGACUCCCAGGAGUUCCCCGCUACUUCCCCGACCCCAUCGUGGGUCGGGAACUUGAUGGUUUGGUAGUAAGUUGAGAUGACGGCUCGGGUCUUGUUGAGGGUUGGCCGUCCGAGGAUGGCGUUGUAUGCCGUGGGGAGGUCGACCACCAGAAAGGAGGUCAUCACUGUUUUUGCCUUCGGAAAGACUCCCAAAGUUAGGGGCAGGGUGAUGACCCCUAGUGACGAGAUUGAGGCGCCGGUGAACCCCGUGAGUGUUGAGCAUACCGGCUUCAUGUUCUCCUUUACCAGACCGAGCUUUUGGAAGGCGUCCCAGUAAAGUAUAUCGGCCGAGCUUCCAGUGUCGACCAUGAUCCUUCUCACUUGCGCGUUGGCGAUUCUGGCUGAUAUUACCAACGCGUCAUCAUGUUCGGCUGGUUCAGGUCCCCCGGUCGGGAAGGUGACUUCGGGGCCUUUUUCAUGUUUGGUGGCUUUAGCCCGGGAGGCCCUGGCGUAUGCCCUUCCGCCCGCCAUGGAACUCCCUCCGGACGCUGGUCCGCCGGUUAUGACAUCUAUGUGCCGCUCGAUGGGGCCUUCCGGGCGUGGCGAGAGCUCCUUGUCUGGUCGGAGGUAUGAGCCGAGGUGCCCUCGGCGGAUGAGCUCCUCAAUUUGCCUUUUUAAUUCUCGACACUCCUCGGUGUCGUGACCGGGCUGUCGGUGGAAACGACAGUAUUUAGAGCGGUCCGCGAGUUCGCGUGGGCUCCUCAUCGGGUAGGGGUCUUUGAGAAGGCCUUUCUCCUUAAUGUGGAGAAAUAUUUCGGUCCGAGAGGAGUUCAGGCCCGGGGGAGGGGACCUAGGUGCCGCAUCGUUGAGGCCGCCGGCCCUACGCCGGGAGGUAGCGGGCUGUUGUUGUUGGGACUGCUCUGGCUUGACCCUCUUGCGCUCGUCGCGCCUCCCGACCAUCCAUGCCUCAGCAGCGAUGUACUGGUUCGCACGCUGCAACAUUUCGGGAACCGAAGUGGGGGGUCGCUCCACCAGAGACCAAAAGAAUCGGGUAGGGCGCAGGCCCAUCAUGAAUGCCUGCAUCAUCAAAGAAGGGUGAGCGUCAGACAGCCCGCGGAUUUGUGUGGUGAAGCGGUUCACGAAGUGAGAGAGGGGCUCAUCCUCCCUUUGGUUGAGCCCGAGGAGCAUCGCCACCGACGGCUUCGGUUUGGCAUGAGCCAGGAAGUUAAGCUCAAAGUCCCCGGCCAAUUGGUCGAAAGAGGUGAUGGUCGCGGUCUUCAGAUUGCUGUACCACGCUCGGGCUGGGCCCCGCAGGGUUGUCGGGAACGCCCUGCACAUCAGGGCAUCGGAUGUCCCGUAUAGCGCCAUUUGGGCGCGGAAAGUAGCUACGUGGUCCGCCGGAUCGGUGGCACCGUCAUAGGCAUCCAAUGACGGGAGCCGAAAAUGCGGCGGGAUUGCUUGCUCUUGAAUCUUGGGGGUGAAGGGGGACCCCUGGUGUCGCUCGGCCCCCGGGUCUCCCCUGGUCCGGCGAACCUCACGCUGCACCUCGUCCAGCCGGCGGCCUACGAGGCGUAGCUGGGCCCACAGGCCCUCCGCCGAGUCUGAAAGUGGGGCCAUGGGCGUCGGGUGCGCCGUUGGUUCCUCCGCUCCUCGGCUCUCGGGUUGGGUCGAUUGGUCCGGAGGCAAAGCGGGAGACUCGGGGAGCGGUGCGGGGUUUUGAGCGGCGGGUCGUUGCCGUGGUGGAGGUAGGGUUGAGUGUGAAGACGUCGGGGGAGAGACCAGCGGGAUGAUGGUCUGCAUCACUCCCGUAAGAGCCCGGACCUGGUGCGUGAGGUCGUAGAAGGCUUCGGGUGGCACGGGUGACGGGCCACCGGGAUUGGCGAUGGGUGGCGAUAGACCCGGAUCGUUGAACAAUCGCCAAUAGCGCUCCGAGAUCGCAGCGGGGCGCUCGUCCCGAACCCCCUCCUGUUGGGGAUGUUCUUCCGUUGCGUCGGUCGUGUGCGACCGGACGGCUGGGGGUUCGUCGGAGUGAGCCUGUUGAUCGCUUGACAUUCGGACCGACCCUCCUUCUAGCGCCAUUAUGUUAGUGUAAACACCUUUUUUCCUUAGCCGUGACCCGGGAGGUCGUCUCGGCUCGUUCGGGGGUCCGAAUGGCGGGGAUCUCCCUGGGGCGAUGCUCGUCUCCACCGGGGUGGUCGGGUGCGGCCUCGGACUCGGGGCGAUGCAGCGACUUCCUCCGGGUGGGGACUCCUUGCCUGCGUGUCCCGAACGGGAGUCCUCGGCUUGAUACCUGCGCAAAGGUCGGGUCGGUUCGACCCGACCCCUCCGACGAUCAAGUUAGAGAGAUGAAGUGGCGGUUGUUCUGGGCGUCCAGUCUGCCCUCUUCCCUCUGGCUCGAGGACGUUUAUAGGGGAACUCGGCAUUAUCGAGCGCGCCAUCCCGUCGGUCGGGGCCGUAUCUCUGAUGGCGUCCGACAUCGCCGAGGAUGUUGCGUAUGGGAUCGGGGAAUCGCAGGGUAUGGGCGAGCUUCAACCGCUACCUACUUCUGUCUCGUCCUACUGUGCUGGGUUGACUGAGGGGUUGUGGGCUCAGUGAGGCUGACGCCCGGACGCAGACCGUUGCCCUCGUUGCUCUCCCUGGGGCGUCGCGCCUGUCCACGUGCGGGGGGCGUUGCCGGGAGUGGGGUUUACCAUUUUUUGCCAUAUCAGUUGUAAUUGUUAAAUUUACAGGAUGAUGAGCCCCUUUCUUUUUCCAUCCCAAUAAAAUGGUAAUAUGCUUCACUAACUCUGUUUUUUACC